AUGGCUCAAAUCGAGCGUAUUACAGAGAACUUGGAGAGACCAGAGCUUGAUGAUCGUUCUUAUCGGGUGAUCCGUUUGCCAAACAAGCUUGAGGCCCUCCUAGUUCAUGACCCGGACACCGAUAAGGCCAGUGCCGCCGUGAAUGUCAAUGUUGGCAAUUUCUCCGAUGAAGAUGAUAUGCCAGGAAUGGCUCAUGCAGUAGAGCAUUUGCUAUUCAUGGGCACAAAAAAGUACCCGAAGGAAAAUGCAUACAACCAGUACCUUGCGUCCCACUCCGGUUCAUCCAAUGCAUACACGGCCGCCACCGAAACGAACUACUUCUUCGAAGUGUCCGCCACAGGUGACUCCAGUGCCCCGAAAUCCAGUGGAGACAGCACCCCUGCCGAGACAACUGAUAACAAUGGCGUGGUGUCGAAUGGGAAUGGCUUAGAUGGAAAGUCGCCCCUCUAUGGUGCAUUGGAUCGGUUUGCCCAGUUCUUUGUCGCUCCGCUUUUCCUAGAGUCAACCCUAGAACGUGAGCUGCAGGCGGUGGAUUCGGAAAAUAAAAAGAACCUUCAAAGUGACCUGUGGCGUUUGAUGCAACUGAAUAAGUCGCUUUCAAACCCUAAACAUCCCUACAGCCACUUUUCGACCGGUAAUCUGCAGACCUUGAAAGAAGACCCACAGAAACGUGGCCUGGAAGUCCGCAGUGAGUUCAUCCGGUUCUAUGAGAAGCACUACUCAGCCAACCGGGCGAAGUUGGUUGUCCUGGGGCGGGAGUCUCUGGACACGCUGGAGCAGUGGGUCUUCGAGCUCUUUUCCGAUGUCGAGAACAAGAACCUUGCUCAGAACCGCUGGGACGAUGUUCAGCCCUUCACUGAGAAGGACAUGUGCACCCAGGUGUUUGUGAAGCCGGUCAUGGAUACUCGAUCCAUGGAUAUGUACUUCCCCUUCCUUGACGAGGAAGAUUUGCAUGACACCCAGCCUAGCCGGUAUAUCAGCCAUCUGAUUGGCCACGAGGGCCCGGGCAGUGUUCUGUCUUACCUCAAGGCCAAGGGGUGGGCCAAUGGUCUGUCUGCAGGUGCCAUGCCUGUCUGUGCUGGGUCGGCAUUUUUCACUAUUUCGGUGCGCCUGACCCCCGAAGGUCUGAACCAAUACCAGGAAGUUGCAAAAGUCGUUUUCGAGUAUAUCGCGAUGAUAAAGCAACGCGAGCCCGAGCAAUGGAUCUUCGACGAGAUGAAGAACCUUGCCGAGGUCGAUUUCCGGUUCAAGCAGAAGACCCCAGCUAGUCGGUUCACCAGCCGAUUGAGCAGCGUUAUGCAAAAGUCGCUACCUAGUGAAUGGCUGCUGAGCGGGUCUUUGUUGCGACGAUUUGACUCUGACCUGAUCAAGAAGGCGCUGAGCUAUCUGCGGGCUGACAACUUCCGCCUAGUCAUUGUGUCCCAAGAGUUCCCGGGUACAUGGGACCAGAAGGAGAAGUGGUAUGGUACCGAAUACAAGGUCGAGAAGAUCCCACAAGAGUUCUUGGGCGGUCUUCAGAAGGCUUUGGAGUCGACUGAGGCUACCCGCACUUCCAACGUGCACAUGCCCCACAAGAACGAAUUUGUGCCGACCAGACUCUCAGUGGAAAAGAAGGAGGUUGCCGAGCCAGCCAACACCCCUAAGCUGAUUCGUCAUGACGACCGGGUGCGCCUGUGGUUCAAGAAGGAUGACCGUUUCUGGGUGCCGAAGGCCACCGUCGAAGUGACGCUCCGCAAUCCCUUGGUGUGGGCUACACCCGCCAAUCUCAUCAAAACAAAGCUAUAUAGCGAGUUGGUGCGAGAUUCGCUAGAUGAAUACUCCUACGACGCCGAGCUUGCUGGCUUGGACUACCAUCUCUCGGCGAACAUUUUGGGCUUGGACAUUUCCGUGAGCGGGUACAACGACAAGAUGUCCGCUCUAUUGGAUAAAGUACUCAAUACCAUGCGUGGCCUAGUUAUCAACCAGGAUCGGUUCGACAUUAUCAAAGAGCGCUUGACGCGGGCAUUCCGCAACGCCGAGUACCAGCAGCCUUACUACCAGGUCGGAGAUUAUACUCGCUAUCUCCUUGCUGAGCGCAGCUGGGUUAACGAGCAGUAUCUUGAGGAGCUGGAGCAUGUUGAGUGCGCUGACGUGGUCAACUUCUUCCCCCAGUUGCUUGAGCAGACCCACAUCGAAGUCCUGGCCCACGGAAAUUUGUACAAGGAGGAUGCUCUGCGCAUGACGGACUCUAUUGAGAAGAUCUUAGGAGGCCGUCCUCUCCCUCCGUCGCAGUGGUACUUGCGCCGUAACAUGACCCUGCCACCCGGUGCCAACUACGUCUACCCCCGGUCGCUUAAGGACCCGGCCAACGUCAAUCACUGCAUUGAGUACUAUCUCUAUAUCGGACUCUUCUCCGAUGAUGUCCUGCGGUCGAAGCUCCAGCUAUUCGCGCAGCUGACUGACGAACCUGCAUUCGACCAGCUGCGCAGCAAGGAACAGCUUGGAUAUGUGGUGUGGAGUGGCGCACGCUACAACGCCACCACCCUGGGCUACCGGGUCAUUAUCCAAAGUGAGCGCACGGCACAGUAUCUCGAAUCCCGCAUUGAGACUUUCCUCCGCGAGUUCGGCUCCAUCCUCGAGAAGAUGCCCGAAGAGGAAUUCGAGGGUCACAAGCGCAGUGUCGUGAACAAGCGCCUGGAGAAACUCAAGAACCUAAGCUCCGAGACUGGCCGGUACUGGUCGCAUGUCGGAUCUGAGUACUUUGAUUUCCUGCAGCACGAGACCGACGCGGCCAAUGUGCGCACUUUGACCAAGGCGGAUCUCGUUGCAUUCUACCAGCAAUACAUUGACCCCUCUUCGGCAACGCGUGCCAAGCUCGCUAUCCACAUGAACGCCCAGUCAGGCGCGCAGGUUGAGGCGCCCAAACCAGCCGAACAGAGAACACGCCUUGUCGAAGUAGUUACCAAGCACCUCGAAGCCGCUGACUUGAUUGUGGAUUCUGCCCGCUUCGCAACGGCAUUUGAUGAGGUUGACACGACAGCGGAUAAGUCCCAGGUCGUCUUUGCUGUGAAGAACUUCCUGGCGACCGAGACAGGCCUGUCACAGCAGAAGAUCGAGCCUGUCCUUGAGACACUGGAGGAGAAGCUCAGUUCCCAGUUGAAGGAGCUGGGUCUUGGCUCUAGCAGUGACAUUCAGGGUGCGGCUAAUGGCAAUGGCGAGGCUCAAAAAGCCGUCGUUAUCACCGAUGUCCCGACCUUCAAGGCACGCUUGCCUGUUAGCACUGGGCCUGUUCCUGUGACGGAUUUGAGCGAGUAUGAGGAUUUUGAUGCCAAGCUAUGA